AGCGAGUGAAGGGAAGAAGAACCAUGGUUCUCAUGAAGUGACUGAAACUGUCUUCUCAUCGGAGGUUCGUUCUGUGAAGCAUGCCAGGACUGCCUCCAACAAAGUGUCUGGAGGCGGUUCAGUGGUGUUCGAUGACAUAGAAGAGAAUUGGACUGGUCGGGGGCGAGGCAGGGGAAGAGGGGUCCCGUCUGGGGGCGGCAUCUCGUCUGGAGGCAGCACUCCCAGUCCCCCCGGGGGCAACUACCAUUGCAGUGUUCCUCCUGCCCAUUUUUUCAAGGUAUCGAACUCAGUGUCAGACGGUGAGUCAAUUUCGCCAGAGAGAGAGCGAGCCGACAGCAAAGUGACGCGUGUGAUUGGAGGAUUGCCGAUUGCCGAAUACGAGGGCUCUCCCAGAAGAUAUGGGCCUCGACCUCAGGACAACCCAGUUCUUCCCAGUGCGCAUAGCCUGCUUGCCUCGCCAUCUGUUUAUAUGCCCCGCCCUGGAUUCCCUCAGAGGGUUGUCUCUGACGAUGGUGAAGGAGCCAACGAUGAGCAGAGUCCAUCGCAUUCUCUAAUGAACGAAACACGGACGACUUUCGAUUACCUUUACGAAUUCUCUGAAACGCGUAAAGUUCUUGAGGACUUUUUCAAGCCGAGUGAUAAUAAACAGAAUAGCUCGCAACAGUUUCAGGAGCUAGACUAUGAGUUGAGAAGGCAGGGUGGAGACAACGCCUACGUUGGUCUUAGGCUAGCAAAGCCUCAGGACGAAAACCCCUCUGAUCCAGUAAGAAAGCCAAGUAGCAAUGGGGAUCCUACUACAAUAGACCUGCUAAACUUACAGGAAGGUUGUGAAGAGCUAGAGACUGAAGUGUGCGGGGGCGGUGGAGGCGGCGGUGGCCAGAGCCGCAACUUCACGCUGUCACCGGAGACAACCGACUGCGACUCCAACUGCGACAGCGAAGCCUCAUCACUACUGGCGGCGGUCGCAGCAGCCGCCUCCGACCCGACACCUGCCGCCCCCACCAUGCCCGUGCUCGAGGCGGUCUGUCGUCCGGGCACACGUCCGACACCGACAACAAAACCGACCGUGCUGCUGAUGAAGCGACAAUCACGGAGGAUCGAGCGGGAGAUUGUGGAGGUACCAACCGCCAGAACGGGGGCAGCAAGAUGGUGA